AUGGCUGCUGCAGUCUUAAAGUGGAUAAUAGAAUUAGUCCAGGACAAUUUUCAGGGCUCUGGGCUGGCUCUGCAGACGUUCCUUGUCCUCUGCGCAACUUUUCUUCUGGUAUGCGUCGUCUUCUUCAAGCGUUCCAGAAACCUUCCACCUUACCCGGCAGGACGUGUGCCUGUUCUCGGGCACCUCCUCGCCUUGGGCCGAGCACCUCACCUCGAGCUGACGGCGUGGAGGCGGCAGUACGGGGACGUCUUCACUAUCAGGCUGGGGAUGGAAGAUGUGGUGGUUCUGAACGGCUAUACUGCCGUCAAGGAUGCGCUCGUGGACAGGUCCGAGCUGUUCGCGUCCAGGCCGCAAAGCUACCUACUUGAUUCGACGGUUGGUUUCGGAAAAGACAUUGUUUUUGGGCGUUGGGGGUCUGAGUUCAAACAGAGGAAGAGAUUUGCCACCAGCACCCUAAAAACCUUGGGCAUGAAGGUCGGAACUGGCAGCAUCGAAGAGCAUAUCCGAAAGGAGACGAGCUUUCUACGAAAUAGGAUUGCAGAAUACAGGGGAAAGCCUGUUGACAUCUCCCAUGACGUCACCGUGGCGGUUGCGAACGUCAUCUGCUCUAUGGUGUUCGGGAAGCGCUACGACUACGAGGAUGAAACGUUCCGGGAGCUCUCUGAAGCGGUUGUUGCAGUGAUGGUUGAACUUAGAACUGGACAGAUCAUCAGUGUCUUCCCUCUGCUAAGGUUUGUUCCUGGAGUGAACCGAGCCAGCUGCAUGGUAUCUCGACAACUCGCCAAGAUCCAAAAGGUGUUGAGGGAAGAAAUGGCUCGCCAUGGAGAACACCUGGAUCGCGAGAACCCGCGAGACUUCAUCGACUUCUGCCUGCUGGAGCUUGCACAGCAGGAAAAGGUGGCUGGUCUGACGGAAGAAAACAUGCUGUACAUGACCCAAGAUCUAUUCUUUGCGGGAAUAGACACAACCACUAACACUUUACUGUGGUGUCUACAGUACAUGAUUUUGAACCCGGACAUCCAAAAAAAGGCACAAGAGGAGCUUGAUGCCGUUGUUGGUGAGAGUCUGCCCACCCUGCCCCACCGCUCCCAGCUGCACUACGUGAACGCCUGCCUGCUGGAGGUCAUGAGGAUCCGCACUCUUAUUCCUGUCACAAUUCACGCCACCACACAGGACGUCAUAGUGCAGGGAUAUGACAUUCCCAAGGGAAGUACUUCCGAACCUACCCUCCCUCCACAUGGACCCCGCCUACUGGUCGGACCCGAAAGAUUUCUGGACGUGGAAGGGAACGUUAUCAACAAGCCUGAGUCCUUCGUGCCAUUUUCUGGAGGGCGUCGUGUGUGUCUUGGUGAGCAGCUGGCCAGGAUGGAACUUUUCCUGUUCUUCUCGACUCUGCUGCAGUCCUUCAAGACGCCAGAGGGCGCUCCUCCUCCAAGCACUGACGGUGUCUGCGGUCUGACGUUGUCCCCGCAUCCAUUCCAGCUCUGCGCGAUACCGCGUAAGUUCAUGCUGAAUUCAUCAAAUAAUCAGUAUCACAUGACAUUUGUCCUAUGCACUUUGAAUGAAUGUGAAUAAAAUAGAAAAUAAAACAAUCCAACUCGGGAUAUGUUUUCAGAUGUUAUGUGCGUCAAAACAUGUCGAGAAAG